AUGGCUAGUGGGAAAGCGCUUUCUUGCACCUUUAAUGUCGGUGGGUGUUUUUUCUCUGUACCCUUGAGCCGACUUAGUUGCUUCCAGGAGUCUUUACUUUUCAAAGCAGCGACCGACUCUGAUCGGGGUUCGCGGAUGUUUAUCGACAGAGAUGGUUGCACUUUUAGACAUCUUCAUUAUUAUAUACACACAGGCAAAUUAUCUACCUCGUGUGCAGCAGAGGUCAGUAUUUUGUAUGAAUUGGCAACCGGUCUUCAUCUCACUUCACUGCAACAGGCAUUGGAAAAUCUUCAGUCAGGAAAGCAUUUCCUACGUGCACGUCCAGUAGACCUCCAGGUUACUGAAAGGGCCAGUCUAAAUUACUGGAAGACACGCAUUUGUAACACCAAACAGGAGACGAUGGCGAGUCCAGUGUGUUCAGCUCAUGACGCAGUGCCCCUGGGCCUGGUGGGAACUCCUCUGGUGGACAGUGAUGAGGAGGUGCUGUAUUGCUUCCUUCCUCUGGAGCAGAUUAGGCUGCACCCUAAUCUGAUCACGAAGGACAACCUGCUUUGGCUGUGUGAGAGCGUGGCUGUCAUCGAGUGCAGAAGCCGGCUCUUUAGGUUUCUAGCUAAUUUUCUUCUGACGGGAAAGAUUGUGUUGCCUGAGCAGUUCAGCGAUCACGAGAAUUUAUGUGCUGAAGCAAAAAUUGUUGGCAUGACUGAAUUCAUAAACGCACUACAGGAAAUGAGUGACGUAAACGGAGACAGUACCUCUGAGCUUCCCGAAUCCUCCCCCAUUGUACCCCUGAACUCUUCAGCUCAGCCACUGUAUGUCAUGACUUUUGACCUCCUGGUGAGGUAUCCAGACUCUGCCCUAGGUCAGUUGUGGAUAGACAGCAACCUUGAGGGGAGUAAACUCUACAUCACUGGCACGGGGGUCAUCUUCCAACACGUAGAGAAUUGGCUGGGGACAUGUCGUCUUCCCUUGACAGCCAGUGCGGCAGAAAUGCACGGGCUGUGUGAAUAUCUGUAUGAACAAGAUGAUGUUUACCUGGCCAUGAAAGAGGCUUUACAUGAGUACCUCAGCAGGAAGCAGUGUGGAGGAGGCUCUUUUACUGCGUGGCCUUGGUCUGCCUCAGUGGCAACGUUCACCGUUUAUAAAGUCAUUAAAGUUUAUGUUGGAACACACUGGUAUGCUACUUACCUCAAAACCCUGUUAAAGCACUCAGAGCUGCUCUCCAACACCAGUAAGACCAGUUGGAUCUCGUUUGGUGAGAGUCUUCACGUCAAGGCUGACGGACAGAUCUUCAGACACAUCCUCAACUUCCUCAGAAGCGGUAGACUGAUGCUGCCCGCCGAGUUCACGGAGUGGCCGUUGCUCUGUCAGGAGAUUAAGGCCUUUCAGAUUCCUGCUCUCUCUGGUGCCUUGGAGGAUUGCAGGGAAUACAGAGCCUGGUGUAAGACUAAGCAUCCGGCGAGUGACCACUCCUCGUCUUCCUCUUUGGACGACUCCGUCCUUGUUUAUGAUGAAGAUCCAUUUCUGGAGUGCAGUCUUGAAAGCAAGGAGCACGGUGAGCAGACGUUUCUGACAGAGAGCCCAGACAACGCUGUAAUUUCAUCGGGACGGGAGACCUCCAGCGGCCUAUCGGAUGAAGAGGCGGCGUGUACGUCCGUGGAUGUGUCCAGCGAAGCGGAGGAAAGACCUGCUGCGGAAGCGGGUCGGAUUUCACAGUCACGUCCACUUAGCUCCGGACAAACAAACAUAAUACCAGCAGGAGACUCUACUUCCUUACCCAGCGCUCAGACGCAAACCACGACCUGCAGCGGGCAGCCUCCAACCUCCGACUCACAGAGCGCGCUAGACCACACCGGAGCUCAAGAACCCCCUGCUUUCAGUUUGACCGGGGGGGCGAGGGACGGCCGAGGGUUCUGCUCACCCUUGCGCAGCGCAUUGCAGCAGGCUUCGUCUGUAGGCGUGGACGGGUUGGACAUGCUACGCUGGUUGUGGCUGAGAUGGACUGAGAUGAACAGCGGUCAGAUGAGUCCACGGGACAGACUGGCCCUGUUGGUGGAGGGCACGUUAGGCGGACAGAUGGAAAAGAUCAACCAGGCGCUGAUGGACUUCUCUGAUGAAGAGAGGGCGGUCGUAAUAGCUGUGCUGCUCAAAGCAGUCAGCUUUUGCAUGAAGAAGAGAGCUGAUGUCAUCCAUCACAGCAAGGAUGACAAGCGGGAGGAGCAAACACAGCCACCACAAAGGACAGACACAAAACUAGAGUCACAAACACAAACUCUGGGCACACACGUCAAAGUGCAGGAAGACAUGCAAGUGUAUAAAGAAGCCAUGAAACAGGGAGAAUGUCCGUGGUCACAGAGCAUAGGUCUAAAGCUAGAGACACAAACACAGGCACCUUGCGCGGCUGGGACACAGGAUAAGCGCGCACAGACAGCGAGCAUAGGUCUAAAACAGAGGGAAUGCAGAGAGACGCACAGCCCAUGCAUAAAACUGAAAGAACACGUGCAAAAAUGUAAAGAGAAAUCUCACGGCGUCAAGCCUUAUAGCAAACCACUGACAGAAGCAGGUGAGAAGAGCUGGAGCAAGGUGUCUUUCAGGGCUUGCGGUAUGUCUGUUCAAAGUUACGUGAUCAAAGUGGACCAUCCUCCAGUCCUGGGGAAAGGUGAAGCUGGAGGCUACUUCACUCACAGCGUUAUCUACACAGAUUUCCAGCUCUAUUCUUCAUUGAGUUUGACACUGGAAACAUUUCCUCACUGGCUUGUGGAAAACAACUUUAUUUUGUGUGUGUGUGUGUGUGUUUGUGUGUGUAAACCCUCAGAUGUGGCCUUUGCGUAUUUCAACCUGUCCUACGAUGAGAUGGUCCAUGCCCGCGAGUGUCACGUGUUUCUGACUGGCCUUAUCCUGGACUCCAAACAGCUGGAUCCUGAAGACAGAAGCCUGCUGAAAACAGCCAAUCUGGUCCACUUCCUCUGGACAGGCCAAACUGGGGCAGAGGACUUUGUAAUGGAGCUGAUGAGUGUCAUCCACGUUAAGGGGCGUAGACGGGACAAAGAGAAGGAGCACUUACUGCAGUGGCUCAAGCUCACUCUGCCAUUGGCAAAGCGUUUCAGUGAGUGUAUGGAGGUAUUCAUGAAGGGCCCCUGCCAGACACACACGCUGUUCCCGGAGGAAAAACCUGAGGACAACAUUUAA